UAGCCAUUCUAUCACGAGGUACCACAGCAUACCCGCGAACUGUAACAACAUCGCGAGCACGAGAUGAGAGUGUUUGCAAUACUAAAGCUCUAAUUAGACUCCUCACGCUAUAGAUUUGCGCCGAUUCCAGCGGCCUUCUAUAAAACGUUAUCCGCGCAAACCUUCUCGUUCCCCUCCCCCACAACCAAAUUUCGACCCCGCGCCGCUCUUAACAACAAUUGAACUUCGUCGCUAGUACGGACCGCUUGAUCGAACGUCCGAUAACAGUUCGCCUUCAUUGGCAAUUGCUAAACAACUUGUUGGCUCGCGCGGAGCAGCCCAGGCCGCGCUGGCUGAUUUAACCACUUUCCGUCCACACUACAACUGCCAUGUCUUCCUCAUCGCAAGUCACAGAGUCAUGGAUAGCCUCAUUCUGUGGCCUACUAGGCCAUGAGUACUUCGCUGAGGUUUCCGAGGAUUUUAUUGAGGACGACUUCAACCUUACUGGUCUGCAAUCGCAAGUACCCAUGUACAAAGAAGCCCUAGAGAUGAUCCUCGAUGUGGAUCCGGAAGACGACGAGGACGAAGAAGACGAAGAGGAGGAAGACGAAGAAGAUGACGAGAUUCUAGGUGAUGAUCGUCCAGCAGGCUACAGGCGAGCAAACGACAGGAGACACCUGCGGAUGUCGUCAGAUCUCAGCGUGAUCGAGAGUUCUGCGGAGCUUCUGUACGGCCUUAUCCACCAACGCUACAUUACUUCACGGCCCGGUAUUCAACAGAUGGCAGAGAAGUACGAGCUGCAACAUUUCGGAACUUGUCCGCGAGUCUAUUGCAACUCCUGCAAAGUCCUGCCGGUAGGAUUGAAUGACAGUCCUGGACAUGAAACCGUCAAACUUUUCUGUCCAUCAUGCCUCGACGUCUAUACACCCCCCAACUCGCGUUUUCAGACGGUAGACGGAGCGUUCUUUGGCACAACCUUUGGGUCGCUCUUUUUCAUGACCUUCACGGAGCUCGAUAUCGGUGGAGCCCGUAACUCUUCCGCGGGAGCUGCCGAUGCUCUGCUUGCCAUCCAAGCCGCCAACCAAGAAGCCAAAUCGCGCAACAACACAACCCCUCCCAACAUCACUUCCAUAAAUGGCGUCGCCCCACACAACCUCGCACCUGGCAUCGGCCCAGGUUAUAUCUAUGAACCACGUAUAUACGGUUUCCGUGUCAGUGAAAGGGCACGGUCAGGCCCAAGGAUGAAGUGGCUUAGGAUGCGGCCUACAGAUAUUACAGAGCUUGAUGAAACAAGAAUAUACUGGGAGGAGAAUGCCGACGAAGGAAAUCGGCCCGAUGAAGAUGACAUGAACAUGGUUGAUGUGCAAGGCAGCAAAGGUGUACCUGUUGAUAAGAGAAAGAAGGCGGUUGCAAGGAGGAAACGAACAAACGGUGGAAAUGGUGGUGGUAGCCCGAUGGAUACAAACGGCGUGGGCGUAGCGGGCCCAGGGUAAUCAUCAGAUACAUGUUGGGCUUUGGCCAUCAGAAGAACAAGGAAAACACAUCCGGCUCGCGACUUACAACGUUUCCGAUGUAGACGGGGACAUAAAGCGUGAGCUAGAGAAAGCUUCAGUCGGGGGGAGCGUGGUGUGUUGCGGUUUGUCGUGGUGAUUUAUUAGCUUGGGUUAGGUUUUUCUCCUGAUUCUUUAACUUCUCUUCGGCGUCAUGCCUUUACCCUUUCGAAUGUAUUCUCGAGCGUCAUCUUAAGCAGAAGAGUCUACGAUGUUCCACGUUUUGCUGUCACUUGUUACGAUGUAUGUACAUGGUAAAAAAGGAGUUCCAAGCGCUAAGAUCACUAUAGGCCAUCAGAGAACCUGCGGUACAAAGCUGAUGAUCGUGACAUCGGAAAGUAAGCUGAUAUCUCAAAAGGUACAAAUACUUCCUGUCAACAGAUUCCGUUACGGUGGACACGUGCC